AUGCGCAACCGCAACUGCCCAACACCAUUGCCGACGAGAUGCCCUUUGGCACCCAGUCUCUGGACCCUGGUCACCAUUGCCCUGCUUCGCGCCGUGGCAAACGCUUCGUCCUUGGACUGGAUCCAAAAUGACGCGACUAUGUUCGCGGACGACUUACUUCUGCAGUGGGAAUUCUCAGAUGUCCCUACUCUCAACCGGAUGGUGAACAACAUUGCAGACUGUUUUCAUAUCCUGGCUCAGCUCGGUCUCCAAGUCCAGCACCGCAAGACUCAGCUCAUCGUUGCUCACAAAGGUCGCCGCGCGCAGCAGUGGUGGCGUGCGCACACGGCCUCCACUUCGGAGGGCCGCUACCUGCUCAUCCCCCAAUCUCAAGGCAAAGCCUUAAAGUUGCCAAUCGUAGACCAACUUACGUAUCUUGGGAUUGUAUUGUCCUACAAGGACGCUACCACUGCCACAGUUGAACACAGACUCCAGGUAGCUGAGGCUCAGCGAGCGCGCCUGCUCAAAAUUCUCCACUCACGUAGUUUACCGCUGGCUAAGCGAGUGCAGCUGUGGAUCGCAUGUGUGCGUAGUUCGGCACUGUAUGGUCUGCACCUCGUUGCUUUACAACAGAAGCACAUUGAGCGCAUCACUGUUGUCUUGGUGAAACACCUGCGCGCUAUUGCACGCAGUUUUGCUCACAUGACAAAAGAGCCCAGUCGUGCCUUGCUUGAGCGACUAGGGGUCGAAGACCCGCUUAUGUUCCUGACGCGCUGCGGUCAACGGGUUCUUGCCAAGGCGAGGGACUCCCGCGAUCCCAUGGUGGCAAGGCCUCGUAUUCUUUCUUGGUUAGUCCACUGCACGGAGUCCAAGUUAGCCCUCACUUCGCACCUGGACCAUGUUCCCCCUCCGAACUACGAGAUCACCUGCUCCAGCGGACUAGAACACACUCAAGCGGUUGAAGAAACUCUCCGUGUAGCUGCGCUGCCCGGCCCCCUCCAAGGGGAUUAUGUUACAUGGUUCAACCUCAAGCGACAUAUCCAAAAGGGACACUGUACGGCACAAUGGCGACAGCACAGUGAAUCCACAACGGCUCUUGGCGCCAGUCAAGAUCAGGAACCGUCCGCAGACGCGCCCCCACCCCUGAUCACGGAACCGAACAAGGAGUCUACUCCCUGCCUUGACCCCCCCAGACCUGAAGCUACCAGUUCCCCGGGGGCUCUGUCUGGCACCAUCUCUGAGCCUUUGGCAAUACUUGCUAAUCAGCCUGCCUUCCCUCCCCAGGACUGGAUCAAGUUCGCCCGGAGGUCCGACACUCAGGCAGUUCUUCGGCAGUUCUGUGCAUUGUGCGGACAGUGGCUGGUCUCGGUGCGGAGCAUUAAGCUACACUACAGGCAUGUCCACCCGGAGGUUUAUGAAGCGCACGGCAGCGCAGCGCCUCGUCCCGUACCCAGCCAUCACUUGGAACACCUUGCUCCAUACCGGCAGCGGAUUGUGUGCUCCCUGCCAGCAAUGAUGGACGACUUCCAGACGGAGUUAGACAGCGAAGAAAAGACGAUCUUCGGAGAGGUUCUGGGGAAGAGACCUCUUCUGCAGCUGGACGGCGAGGCCCCGGAGAGAGAGGCGAAGUUUGCUCACCCAGGAGGCAAAGGGCCGCAGCAGGGGCGCAUGCAGCGCCACCAGCCGCCGCCAAUGGGCAGGGGAGGGCAUCAGUCGGCCCCUGCACAGGGCAGCCGCACGAAGGGCCAUCAAGACGGACGGGGACAUCGCGACCACCGCCCAGGCUCCUCACAGACUUCUUUGGACGACCAUGCCCUUCUCCAUCGAGUUGCCAAAGCUAUAGUGGUGCAGUCGGACUAUCUGGCGCGCCUCCAGAGCGACCACACCAUCCUCUUCACGUUCAAGAACGGCAACGGCCCACAGUUGAUGGUGCCGCUACUGCACGAGGUGGCGGCGAACUGGAGGGAGCAGAGGAGCAAGGGGGCGGUCACCAAAUCCCUCAAGCAGACUCUCCUUCAGUAUGUGGCCGCGGAGAUUGUCACGAGGGUGACCACCUUCGGCGGAGACAAGGCCGCUCAGGCCAAGGCGCAGGAAAUGGGCUGGAUCACCAGCGACAUGGAAUACAACUUCCUCGAUUGGAAUGCGGAGGAGCAGAGGCUCGUCCCUCGUCAAGAGGGGACGCUUACUCAAGACCAAGUGCUGGCGGAGGCCAGGCGCCUCAAGGCCCUGCUCAAAGCGCCCGAGCUGGUCCUGAAGUUUGCGGCGGCACGGAAUGCCAGGCCGGGCUCCACCUCGGAAACGGCCACCUUCGUGCUGGAGCUCUCGAUGCAGGCCCCGGGGGCAGCGGAGGCAAUGGCGAUCUUCCGCAAGUGGUUCGCCAGCUCCGCCUUGCUCCUGUUGUCCCUUCGAUUGAAGCCAGCCCGCCCCGAGAAGUCGCCGUUGAUCAAGGAGAUUCAGGAGGCAGUGGGGUGGUAA